GGGGUUUCAGUUUGCUCUCGGAUGUGGCCGGCUGGUGAGCGGAACAUGGCGGCCGCCGUAGUGCAAAUGUCUUUGGGAUACAGAGGGCUGUUGGCGGUCAGGAGUCGUGCAUUGGGCCCGUUGGGUCUGGGAAUCGUAUCCCCGCAGCUCCGGGCGUUCUCGGUGCGGAAGGAACCGGAGCUGGAGGAGAACCCGUAUUACGGGAAAUACCGGGACAAGAUCCAGCAGCUUCGCCGGACAGAUCCAGCUGCUUUUGAUACCCGUAUGGAGAAAAAGAAUGAAGUCAAGAAACAACCUCUUGGUUAUUCCAAGCAAGCCGAGUUUGCCCGGGCGGUGGAGGAAAAGGUAGGAACAGAUUCCGCCAAAGGAGGAUUUACAAGGAACAAGACCCUGAGUUCAAUCUUGAAUGUCGAGCUGGUAAAAGACAAGAGCACAGAAGAAAUAAAACAGAUUUGGAAGCAGUACUUUUCCACAAGAGACACCGUGUACGCUGUCAUACCUGGAGAAUCCUUUGAGGUCAUAUGGCAGCGAGCCCAGGCCUGCCCUGCGUUCUUGUAUGCAUUGCCGAGGGAGCAUGGUUAUGAAUUCUUUGUGGGUCAGUGGUCUGGAACAGAACUACAUUUCACUUCGCUUAUUAAUAUUCAGACGGCCGGCGACUCUGCCCCCAGCCAGCUGAUCCUAUAUCAUUACACUGACUUCCAGAAGCAAAACGGAAUUGUUCUGAUGACGUCAGAAAUUGACUCCAAAUUCUUGAAUGUCCAAGAGGCGCAGUGCUUGGCCAACCAAGUGCAGUUAUUCUAUGCCACCGAUCGACCGGAAGCCUUUGGACUGGUGGAGACGUUCAACCGCAACCCCAGCGAGUUCAAAUACAUGUCGGUGGUUUCCUCCCUAGAAGAGAACGGACUGGGAAAAAGCACAAAGAGUAUACGGGAAGAGAAGUAAAAAUGAUCGCCCGUGAAGAUGCCUUGUGUUGACUGUCCUUGCUGCAUGAUUUAUCACUGCAUUGGUGGCGUCUGUAAACUAAACAUUCAGACGGGAAAGUAUGGAACGACAUAGGAAGUUUGUAAUAAUGUUCUUUACAAACCGAAUGCUUAAAACAGGUUAUAUAGCCCCGAAAGCCACCCCCCUGUCCUGCUUUUUAGGGUUUGAGAUACAGCUGCUGUUGCACGGGGAUGUGAUGAUUGAAUUUCCUACGUGGCAUCGGAAGGACAAUAUUUCAUGUUUUUGUUUCUUAUUUGAAUACCACAAUUCCUACCAAAGCCUAAAACAGGACAGCGAGACGGCGUCCGUAAAGAACUUCGUCGCUAUUUUCCAUGAGUCACGUGGACAAACUAUCAAUUUUUAUCUGCCCGUUUCAUCCAGAGACUAUAAUUGCAUUUAAACAAUGCUGCCGGUGUUUAAUAAAUACAUAGAUCCGUUUAUUGUGAGAAGAAAUAA